UGCAAACCCAAAAACUGCUCAUUCACUCAGUCAUUCACUCUCCUCAGCGAGAAAAAAGUAAAAGAAAGAGCCCAAGAAAAGAAACAAAGGAAAAUUAGCAGAGAGUGAUAGGUCAGUGGGAGGUGGGAGAGAGAGAGAGACACACACAGAGAAAGAGAGUCUCUUUCUUUUUGGAGUAUUGGGUCAGCUUCUUUUGGCAAUGCCAAAGGUGCUCCCACCUCACGCUCUCUGAAAAUGCUCAGGCAUGAAAUCACUCCUUGAAAUCUCUCCUUUCUCCGAAGCUUUUAUCUCCAGUUUCUGCUCAUCCCUCUCCCCUUUGUCGUUAGAUUUCUUUCGUUUGCAUUGUCGCUAGGGCUUUGUUUCCUGUGAUGGGUUUGAUCGAUCUCAACACCACUGAGGACGACGAAACGCCGUCGUCGGGUUCCUCUGCUUCAUUGUCUUCUCAUUCGGGUAUUAGCACUUCGGCUUCCACAUCUCCUGCUCCUUCGACUGUGUGCUUGGAGCUAUGGCACGCGUGCGCCGGUCCAAUGAUCUCGUUGCCCAAAAAGGGAAGCAUCGUGGUUUACUUCCCACAGGGCCAGCUUGAGCAGCAGGUUCAGGAUUUUCCGGUCUCUGCCUAUAAUAUCCCACCCCAUGUUUUCUGUCGCGUUGCAGAUGUCAAGCUCCAUGCGGAGGAAGGUAUCGAUGAGGUGUACUGUCAGGUAUCGCUGGUUCCUGAAAGUGAGCAAGCCGAGAGAAGACUACGGGAAGGUGAAAUCGAUGCUGACUGUGAAGAUGAGGAUGCUGCAGCUGCAGUGAAGUCAACAACACCGCAUAUGUUCUGUAAGACCCUGACGGCUUCUGAUACUAGCACUCAUGGUGGAUUCUCUGUGCCUCGGCGGGCAGCUGAAGAUUGCUUUCCUCCGCUGGAUUACAAUCAACAGCGUCCUUCACAAGAGCUUGUGGCAAAGGAUCUGCAUGGCCUGGAAUGGAGGUUCAGGCAUAUAUACAGGGGGCAGCCUCGCAGGCAUUUGCUUACAACUGGUUGGAGUGCAUUUGUAAACAAGAAGAAGCUUGUGUCUGGAGAUGCUGUGCUGUUUCUGAGGGGUGAGGAUGGAGUUCUGAGAUUAGGCAUUCGCAGGGCAUCUCAGUUGAAAUGUGGUGGUAGCUUAUCAGUUCCAUCUGGCUUGCAUCUUAAUCCUAAUAGUUUUAUCGAUGUGGUGAAUGCAAUAUCUACGAAGUGUGCCUUUAGUGUUUGCUAUAAUCCAAGGGUUAGCUCCUCAGAGUUCAUAAUACCACUCAACAAAUAUUUGAAGAGCCUUGAUCAAUUCUAUUCUGUUGGAAUGAGGUUCAGAAUGCGUUUUGAAAGUGAAGAUGCUGCAGAACGAAGAUGCACGGGAUUGGUUAUUGGCAUUAGUGAUGCAGAUCCUGUUAGAUGGCCUGGAUCCAAGUGGAGAUGCCUUAUGGUUAGGUGGGAAGACAUGGAAGGCACUAGGCAUAACAGGGUUUCCCCAUGGGAAAUUGAGCCAUCUGGUUCUGCUUCCACUCCCAACAACUUCAACGCAGCUGGUUUAAAGAGGACCAGGAUUGGUUUGUCUUCUUCAAAACAAGAAUUUCCAGUUCCAAAUGGGAUUGGAACAUCGGACUUUGGGGAAUCGAUGAGGUUCCAGAAGGUCUUGCAAGCAAGAAAUUUUGGGUGUUAAUAUUCCUUUUGAUGGUGUUAGUGCUCAGAGUCACCCCUUUUCUGAAAUAAAAAGGCGCUAUCCUGGUUCCAGUGUACCUGGGAUUGCCGCUUCAGGAAAUAAUAUCAGAAUUUCACAAGUGCAUUCUGAUGAUUCAUG